CUCGAACGCAUCUAUCUAAUGUGGAGCAAAUCAUUCUUUGGGCUACGGAAAACCAACAAGCUUUUGGUGUUUUGUUUCGCAAUAUCUCACUCCUGUCCCUCUUUUGAUCAGGCACGCAAAAUUGCCCUUGCUUUCUUAUUGUCGGCUACAUAUUCCAAAAUGCCCCCGGUACGGACCUCGCGCAAUCGCAAACCGCCCCCGGCAGGCUUCGAUGAUAUAGAGGAUACACUGCUGGAGUUCAGUAAUAAGAUGAAAGAUGCGGAGAAUGCAUCGCAUGACGGAAAGAAGAAGCACGAGAUGCUGUGGCCCAUAUUCCAAAUCAGCCAUCAGAGGUCCAGAUACAUAUAUGACUUGUACUACGAGAAAGAAGCCAUAUCAAAACAGCUGUACGAAUGGCUUCUGAAGAACAACUAUGCGGACGCCAAUCUGAUCGCUAAAUGGAAGAAGCAAGGCUACGAAAAGUUAUGCUGCCUCCGGUGCAUUCAGACGAAGGAAACGAACUUUAAUGCAACUUGCAUCUGCCGGGUACCUAAGGCGCAGCUCAAAGAGGAUCAAACAAUUCAAUGUGUUAGCUGUGGGUGCCGCGGUUGUGCUAGCAGCGACUAGCCUAAUCUCAAAACGAAAUUUCCUUCCUGUAUUUUAGCGUAUUCGGGUUCCGUUCAAUAAGUUGAAAGGCACAGGUCAUGCAGGUUAGACCUUUCUUUGGUACGGCGUUAGGUCAGGAAUUGAGAACUCAGAUAUCUUUUCCUUCCAUGAACUAUUUCCUCAUACGGUGCCCUUCGAACAUUUUUUCCGUUUCUGCUUGCUUCACGCAUCAGUCGACACCGACCCACUAGGCUCUGCUCAUCAUUCAGAGAACUAUACCGAACUCCAUAUCACCUUAAAUGGAACUAGGACCUAACACGCUUCUACGCUCUUUUACGCUUUACAAAUUACAGAAACAAUGCAAAUUGUG